CUCGCUACAUUUCCAACAUCCCAUGAGAAAAAUAGUCAUUCUCCCCCUCCAUUCAAUAUAUAAACUGAACCCCCAACCCAAAUUCACUCCACCAAAAACCUAAAAUCCGGUCCCUAGUCUAGCCAAAAAACCCAAUGGAACCGUCGAAAAACCCCACUCCAAUUCCCCAGCUACUCCCCUCUCCCCUCUUCUACCUCCUCCUCGCCUUAAUGACCCUCCUCUUCAUUGCAAGGAGUGCCGGAAAACUAGCCGGGAAAAGGAAGCUACCACCAGGUCCGGCGGGCCUUCCCUUUGUGGGUCAGACAUUCGCUUUGCUCAAAGCAAUGCGUCAGAAUCGCGGCGAACAAUGGCUGGCUGAAAUGGCGGAGAGAUACGGGCCGGUCUUCCGGCUAAGUCUCUUCGGGUCGAACGUGGCGGUGCUGAGUGGGGUUAACGGGAACAAGGUGGUGUUCGGGGGCGGGGGCGGGGGUGACGAUGUGGUGGGGGCAAAGCAGGCCGAGUGGGCGCUGCGGAUAUUGGGGAGGAGAAAUUUGUUGACACUGGAUGGAAAUGCCCACAGGAGGGUGAGGGGCGCCAUGGGUGUCUUUCUGAAGGGGGACGUUGUAAGGGGGUACGUGGGGAGGAUGGGGGAAUUGGUGGAGAGGCACCUAGAGAGAGAGUGGAAGGGGAAGGAGACUGUACUGGCAAUGCCAUUCAUAAAGAGCCUGUCCUUUGACAUUAUAUGCACCCUUCUAUAUGGCUUAGGGGGCGUUGCCGACCGAGACAGCCUCAAGAAAGACUUCCAAGACCUCAUCAAAGGCCUGUGGUCUCUGCCACUGAACUUGCCAUUCACACGUUACAGACGCGCAUUACAGGCAGCGCGGAGGUUGAGAGCGGCCUUCGCGGAGCUUGUGGUGACAAGGAAGGGGCAGUUGGAGAGAGGGGAGGCCACCGCUUACGAUGACCUCCUUACCUGUUUCUUGAGUGCUAAGGGCGAGGAAGAAGGCUUUACUGAGGAAGAGAUCGUAGAUAAUGGAGUGCUUGCCAUGGCUGCGGGACAUGAUACACUCACCUUGCUCAUCACUUUCGUGACUCGAGUGCUUGCAGAUCCGGAUCUCUAUGCCAGAGUUUAUGCAGAACAAUCAGAGAUAGCAAAUGGCAAAGGCCAUGAUGAACCUCUCAAUUGGGAAGACCUAACCAAGAUGAAGUACACAUGGAGAGUUGCACAAGAGACAUUGAGGCUGUAUCCACCAAUUUUUGGAAGCUACAGGAGAAUCCUCAAAGACUUCGAGUACGCUGGUUAUCAUAUUCCCAAGGGAUGGCAGAUACUAUGGGUCUCUUCUCUGACACACAUGAACAAGGACUUCUUCCCAGAGCCCUCAAAAUUUGAACCGGCACGCUUCGACAACCAAUCGUCGAUCAUCCCGUAUAGCUUUGUGGGCUUCGGCGCGGGCCCACGAAUAUGCAUAGGGCAAGAGUUUGCUAAGGUGGAGACGCUUGUUACCAUCCAUUACAUGGUUACCCAUUUUUCAUGGAAACUGGCAUGCCCUGAUGAAACUGUGGCUAGGGUGCCAGUGCUCACUCUCUCUAAGGGCUUGCCCAUACAUCUUCUGCCUCACAAAAUAUAGAAUGUAUUUUGAGUUUAAUUCGUUCAAAAAUAAAAUUAAGGGAAGCUAGCAUGUCUGAACUGCAAAAUCAGGUUGAAUUUUAUUUUCUUAGAGAUUAUACUAGCAUGUAAAAAUGUUUUCAUAGAGACAAAUCUGUAUCUUUAUCAGCCGCCCUUUAAGCUUAAGUGGCUAGCCAAAGAAAAGUAGUAGGACUCAAGAGGGAAGAAAGGGACAAUAAUGUAAUAACGAGAAUUAUUUGGGCUUUAUUUUUUUA